AUGGUUUCAUACGUUAGAGGUCCAGCUUACAAAGCUCUUUCACAUUUCGGUAAAUUAAACCCACCAUUAGUAAGAGCAUACAUUCCAGACUUGGUCUUGUGGGGUGUCGCUGCCGGUGCUGGUGUUGCUACAUUCACUGAAGGAUGGCCAUUGUUUCAACAAACUUUUUAUGACAAGAUUCCAUACUUUGGCCAACACUGGAUCCACAACCCUGAUCCAGAAGAUGUUCCAGUUUAA